UCGGCCGCCAUGUUGACGUCAAGUACCAGAAUGCAUUGGACAUGGGCCAUGAAACUCGCUGAAGAUAUCCAGAGCCGUGGACACUGUCACUAAUAUAUGACUCUGAAGAUAUCGAUACUGCGGCGCCAUCUAGAGGUUUCAUGAAAUUUUCGACCGGAUGUUGAUUAUUGUGUCGUGUCUACAUGAGCCUGAAGAAUAACUAAAAAAAAUGGUAUGUACACUCAUCUUUCUGUGCUUAGAGGGGCUCUUUCACCAGGGUAAUGUGAAUCCAGACUCUUAUAUACAGUUUGUAUUGCUGCUGCUCUCUUUCUCUUUUGUUCUUUCUCAGUCUUUCUCUCUCUGUGGUUUAUGAUUAUCCAUCAGACAAUUUGCAUUGUUUCUUUUCCAGGAAUAUGGAAGGACGCUGUAUAACUUUUUUCAACACUACAAAUAUUUCCAUUUCUAUUCCAUUUGUAUUGGUCUAGGGUUUGGAACAGCAUUCUACAGGCCUUUUGAUUCUCUUAGGGUACCGUCAGGCCUCGGCGUAUUUUGCGCUAUAGCUUUUGAGAUCGUGGGCCUUUGUUUAGGCGCCCCAGCCCACACAGGAAGAUAUUACGGCCCUUUGUAUCAUAGAAGAGGGUGCAGAGAGAGAGGGAGAGAGCCUGGAGAUAGUUCACAGCCCCACAAGAAGCAUUUACUGGCAGUGAUUUCUGUUUCUGAAAGAAGUGGCUGUUUCACAAUCUUUUGCGGUCAUUUAAUUUGCUGAUUUUCAGAGGAAAUGUAUGUGAUCAAGGACUCGAAGUAAAGAAAUAAAAUGUGACUCAUACAGUAUGACUAAUUCUGGCACAUAUGUCAUUGUUCAGCAUCAAUAUUCAUGGUUUUGUGUCAGAAGAUCAAAUAAUGAGUACGGAUGCUGCUUAGAUUAUUGACAAACUAACACAAUCAUUAAAAUGAUUAAAAUUAAUAAUGAAAAUAACAAAGAAUGUGUUUGUUCCAGUCUCACAAAUAGAUGUAACUUGCUACUGAGCUACUUUCCCAGUCAGAGUCAACUAGAUCCACUAUCAGUAGCCUGUAUGAACCAUCGGUCCAUCUAUAAACAAGAGCUAUCCGUGACAUUUAUUAAAUUAAUUAUCUAUCUAUCUAUCUAUUAUCUAUCUUAAGAUUUGUUAAUCAACUAUCAAAUUGUAUCUUACACGUUUAAAAUCAAAUGGGACUCCAUCUAUGUAAUUACAUGUUCUACUUUCCUAUUUUUUUUUUUUUUAAAUAUGCAAACUGACCCUAGAGAUAGAUAAAUGAACAAUUAUAGUCAAACAGAAACAAAACCAAAACCAUCUCCUGCGCAUGCUGCAGCUUGACACCCUGUAUGUAUUCAAAUGUGAAAGCAGUCUUGGGACUUUCCUAUGGCGACUGGAGUGGUUUUACAGAGUUCAGGAAGUUGUCCGCUGGUGGUAAUUGUUUUGUCAUUUGUACACCAGCCUGGAGAAGUCGCCUGCAGCUCAACGUGUACACCUGCUUUUCUGUGUUUCUGGGUGUCUUCCCCCUGAGAAAUAUGGAAAGGACCUCUGUUGACGCUUUCCAACACUACAAGUACUACCAUUUUUUUGCACUUUGCUUCGGUCUGGGAUGUGGAACAGCCCUGUACAGGCCAUUUCGCUCACUUACCGUUCCAUCAGUCGUUGGUGUAUUCUUCGCCAUAGUUUUUGAGAUUGUGGGCGUUUGUUUUGAUAUCCCCGCACAUACUAGUAGAUGUAAAGGUCCUCCAUAUGAUAAAAGAGAUGUUUACUGGGGAUUUUGUUUUGCACUUUUUGUGGCCUACUUGCACCUCCACUCAUAUCAUGUGUACACACUGUCUUAUGGAUGCGGCAUCAUUGUAUUCGCUCUCAGGGGAGCAAAACGCAGAUACAGCUAUCUAAGGAAGCUGAGAGAGAGAAGAAGUGCCUGGUGAUAGUUUACGACCACAGAGGGAAGAUUUACGGGCAGUGAUUUCUGUGCUAUCGUAAAAUCGAAAGGGCAGAGCUGUAAACUUAUGUCAGGAAGUCAUGCAUGUUAUUAUGUACACGUUUUACGUGUAAUGAACUCAAGGAUGUACAGUAAAGAAAUAAAUAAUAUAUGA